AUGGUUCAUCGGCUGUCAUAACUGUCAGUUGAAAAGAUUAUCAUAACAACACCUCCUCCGUGUUGGGCACAUUUUCAUUGUACUUUUACUGAUUGAUAUUUGGAAAAUUAUACCAUUCCCCAACACAAAAUGAGCGACGACUUCUUAAGUAAACCUCUAUCCUUCGGAGCUCCACAAUCUUCCGGAAUCGCCGCAAGUCCCCAACUGCAGCCUUUGUCGCCGUAUUUGAACUACGAUACUCGGUACCUGCAAACGCAACCCGAGUUUAUUUUUCCCGAAGGAGCAUCCAAACAGCGAGGACGAUUCGAACUCGCUUUCUCACAGAUUGGUUCCUCAGCUAUGAUUGGUGCGUGCAUUGGUGGCGCUGGUGGACUGUACAAUGGAAUGAAUGCAACGAGACUUGCAAACCAAACAGGAAAACUGCGUCGAACACAAUUGCUAAACCAUGUAAUGAAACAAGGCGCAGCGACCGCCAACACGUUCGGUACGAUAGCGGUCAUGUAUUCGGCGUUUGGUGUCCUACUACAGUAUGCUAGAGGCGAAGAUGAUGAGAUUAAUACAAUUGCCGCUGGUGGUGCUACUGGUCUACUGUACAAGUCCACAGCAGGGCUUCGGAAAUGUGCCAUCGGUGGUGGCAUUGGUUUAGCGCUAACAUCAAUGUAUGUGCUCUGGAGUGUGGCUGGUGGAGGCUCAAAAAAACUGAGUGAUCUCAAGUCACAAUUCUUGUAAAUGAAAGUAACUGGUUUAGAAUCUACUGUUAAUUUGUUAAUUUUAAAAACAAAAUCCUUAAUGUGAACAAUACACCAUGAACUGCAUGAAACCGAGUUCAUGAUCAUGUUCAAAACAAUCGCGAGAAGAUGUGAUUUAACUACGAGCAUUCAACUAAGUGUAAAUUACUGUAGGCUCAUUUACGUUUAAAUCUUUCUCUCGAAAUGUAGGAACAUCGCGUGAAGGUGGUGCAACUACUUGAAACCUUACCAUAAUCGGGCAAUAAACUCGUAAUCGACAGAACAGUCC